GGUGCAUUAAGCGCCCAGGUUAGUGAGCUGCUUCCCUCUCAGCCCGGCUGGGCUCAUUGCUUGUGGAACCCCCUGCUCAUUGGAUAUGGGGCGCGGUGACAGCGUUGGGUCUGUGGGAGGAGCCAAUGGAAGAAGAGAAGCCGUGCCCCUCACUAUCUCUUGGGCUGGGGGCAGCACAUUUGGGGGUAUGAAGGGGCAGGUUGGGAGCAGCCGGCACGGCCAAACCCAGUCCAACGUCAGUACCGUCACCUCCAAACUGGCUUUAUAUGGUGCAAAGUCAUCUGCCCCUCUCAGCGGCAGCCUCAACCCCAGUGAUACCCCAAAACCAAAUCCCCAAGGGGCAACGGAACCUCAAACAGAGAGCGACGGAGCGUUGAGUCCCAGUGGGACCCAUAAGCCUGAAGGCAAGGCAGACAUGUUACAGUUCUGGUCCAACAGGAUUAACAGCAAUCACAUUAGCAGCGACUCAAAGCCAAGUCGGGGUACGGGGAGCAUUAUAUCCAAACACAGGGUGCUUCCUGGCACCAAUGGCAUGAAAUGUGGAGAAGGGGCUGGUAACAAAGGCUCGGUGCCCGGCAAAGCCAAGAGGAGGAAGAAGAGGAAAGAGUUGUUCUCCUCCGUCACCUUCACUCACAUAGAUAAUCAUGUUAUUAACUGGAGCGGGCAGAACAACUGCCAAGCUCUCUCCAUACAAGAGACCGUACGUGGGAUCACAGCCGAGGCCAGAAACCACCUGGAGAAGAUCCGAGCCAUUUGGAUCUGGCUUUGCCAUAACAUCAGGUAUGAUGUUGAGGGCUACCUUGGCUUCUCCCAGAAGGUCUAUAGGCCGGAGGACGUGUUGGCAUUGGGCAAGGGCGUGUGUUCUGGUUAUGCCGGUCUGUUCAAAGAAAUGUGCAGAGAGAUUGGAAUCGGGUGCAAAGAGAUAUCGGGGUACAGCCGCACCACCGAGUAUAGCGACGGCCUCAGCUUCCACAGGACUAAAUCCAACCACAUGUGGAACGCGGUGCAGCUGGAUACUGACUGGCACCUACUGGACGCCUGCUGGGGGGCUGGCACUGUCGACUUGCAGGAGAAAAUAUUUAUUCCCAGUUAUGAUGAUUUCUUCUUCCUCACCGACCCCGAGGAUUUCAUUGAGACCCACUGGCCCGAUGAAGCCACAUGGCAGCUCCUGGAGUCGGUGGUUCCCUUUCAAGAAUUUGAACAAAAAAUCUUCAAGACCUCAGAGUUUUUCAGACUUCAUCUAUUUAUCGUUUCCCCCAAGGUUUUCUACCUCCAAACAGAUCAGGGUGAAGUCAAGGUGUCUCUCGGCUGCUUGUACCCUACGGAGUUCAGUUAUAAGAUCUACAAACUCUCCAACAAGGAGAGGAGCUGCGUGGAGAAGACCCAUGGCAUCAUGACGAUGCAGCCCAGCGGCGUGACGCUAAGAGUGGUCCCACCGACGGACGGCCUGUUUGAGCUGAUGAUAUUUGCCAAGCCCAUGGACUCUACAGGUUCCUACAGAUGGGUCUGCUCAUACCACAUUGACUGCCCGGAGUCCAAGUGCUCACAAGGUUUGCCCCACAACCCUUUCCAUUUCUGGGGUCUUCACCAAAGAGCAAUAGACUUUGGGGUCUUAGGCUGUAAUUGUGCUGGAGAUCUUGUAGUUGCAGAUGGCGGCUCUGUGAAUCUGACCUUCCAGACGUCUAGGCCACUGUUGGCCAUGUAUGAACUGGCCCACGUAGAACUCUCCAAGACUCUUAGUACAAGAUGCUUUGUGUCUCACAUUGAGGAAAGUCAACUCUCUUGCCAGCUGCUCUUACCGUUCCGCGGCUACUACAGACUCUCACUGUUUGUGAAGAACCUCAGUGGAGAUCAGUUCAAGACUGCGGCCAAUCUGCUCCUUCAGUGCAGCAACCCAAUAAACCAUAAUGAACUGUUUCCAGCCAAUCUAGGCAUGCACUGUGGUCCAGGAAUCAACUCCAAACUCCAUGGCCUUACCGACCCAAGCCACACGGCCCCAGUCAUCAACACGACUAGCGGCCAAUGCAACAUUACGUUCCACACAGUGUCUGACACUGAGGUGUAUACGGUACUGGAAAAUAACAAAGUGAGGGGGGAUGUUUAUUCGUUGGACAGGUAUUGUCUGGUUACCCACCUGGACCACAAGAUCACCAUAAGCCUCCAUCUUCCAGAGUCAGGAUACUACAAACUGAGUAUUCUCUCCAGGGCCACUGGGAGCCCUGACUUUGCCCACGCCUGUGAUUACGUUAUACGGAGCCUCUCGGACCAUCACCCCCUGCCCUUCCCAAAGAUCUUCAGCUCGUGGAGACAGGGGUGCACCUUGUUGCAGCCCCGUUCUGGGCUUCUCGCCGGGGAUAUCUGGGAGGAUUUCAGAAUCAGAAUCCCCGGAGCCUUGAAGGUUGUCGUCAUUGGACCGGAGAAGGUGGAACUAGAGCUUAAUAAGAAUAAGAUUUGGGAGGGUCAAGUUUUCACUGGUUCUCCUGGGACCCUUCUUAAAGUGGCAGUGAAGUUCAACCAGAAUUCCACCACCAUGGACAUACUGAUGUCAUACAAAGUGCUGGCCAAUCUUAAUAUUCAGUAUUAGCCCAUUGGCUCUAGUAACAUGGCAAACCCAUUGUUAGAUGGGAAUGGCGCCCAACGGUGCAAUCUAAGUGCCGUAACUGUGUAGGGAUACACAAGGUCACCUUGGCCUUUAUAGUAUUCUACCUCCCUAUGUCACAAAGCUCUGCUGUUAUGGAGCCAGACUGGCUAAAGAAUUUGCUAUUGGCUAGUGGGAUUUGGCUUUUGAUGAUGAUAAUGAUAUUAUUUACUGGGUACAAAAUAGCAGGAAUUCAUUUUCUAUUGGCUGUUUGAGGUAAGGCCAAGCCACCGGGGAGAGUUUUAAAGGGCAUUGAAUGUGGGCCCUCAGCAUCACGGGGCCACACUGGGAACUUUCAGAAACUGUACCAACAAAAAUAAAUGCUGGGUUGGUGCCGUUGGGGCACAUACUGUUGGCACAAGUAAAAUCCCAGCAAUUUAGUAUAAAAUCUUAUAUAUUGGUGGUUGUUGCUAUGCAGCCGGCUGUGCCCAGCUCCCUAAAUGGCACGGCUAUAGCCGGUAUUUCUCACUGUAACAUGGCAGCUAUUAAUGGGGCAGGGACUUGUGACUGACAGUGAGAGACAGAUGCCACUCCAGUCGGCUGGCAGCCGGGUAUGAAUGGGGCGAAGGCUGAGACAUUUAUUAUGAUUAAUUAUACAGAAAGAAAUGUGGUUCUGCUUCAGAAUUAUAAAGUGAUUUUUUCUCUUA